AUGGCCAGGGUCGUCGACUACUAUCCAUCCAGCGAGGAUGAGCUGCCUCGACUGGACGCCCUUCUUGGCAGCACAAGCAAGCGCAGAGUAACGCCUAUGUCGCGAGAGACACCGAGACCACCCCAAGGCAAGGGGCUUGUGCCCAAGUCGGCAGCUACGCCAUCCGCACGGAAAGUCCGUCGAUUUGGAGAGCAACAGAGUGAUCUCAAUCCCCUCUUUCUUCCUUGGAGCAAGAGCAAGGAGAGCGACUCGACCCACAACACACGCGGCACCUUUCAAAUACCAUCAAGUUCAUCACGGGAGGGGACUUGCCAGACGCCUAAAGUCGUGCCAUUGGAUGGACUCUCGUAUGCGAUGCGUGAGGACUCUCCUCCGCCGACGGCACGGGCUUCCCGAACAAGGCGUCGCUUGGCUGCACGACUUCUGGAAAGCGAUAAGGAGGACAAUUCGAUCUGCGAUAACGCGGGGCUGUUGAACAAGACUGGCCGAGCCCAAGAUGGUGACAGCCACACGCAAUUCCCAACACGCGGGUCGACCCCUGUGGCGGACCUCGAUCAUAGGAAAGACGCAGCGAGCGUAGUACUUGAUCCAGUAUCAGCCAAGCCGCUAUGCCCAAACACCCAGAAGAAGGACUCCGGGGAUACAUCCAACGACGAAGAGCCCAGCAUUUACGAAACAGCGGUUGAGGACUCGCAAAGCGAGAGCGAGAGCGAAGGGUCAGGCUCAGAGUUCGAGCUCAGCGAUUCCUCCGAAGAUCUAUUCGAGCGCACUUCUACGCCUGCGGCGCCUCCCAUCGCGAGGGUAAGGAGGGGUCGACAAGCCAAAAAAGAGGACAACGAGUCCCCCGGUGUAUUAAACGCUCGGAGCCCAAACGUCAGAAAGCCGAAAUCCGCCUUUAUUGCCGCCUCUUCUGCAACGGCGAAGACGACCAGUCCCGACUUCCAGGCAGGAGUUCGACAGCCUCAAGCAGGUAUCUCCAGGAGCAGGUCAGGAUCGCAUGAGUCGGCAUUUGCUCGUGACUUGGACGUCCUACGUGCGCAGCUGAGCGGGUUCUCCGAUGACGGCCAGGAAGCGCGUCCAGAUGAUGACGAUACGCUUGUGUCGCCGCCCAGCACGCCACCCAGAAAAGUCCAGUCCAAAGGUUUGGUAUCCCCUCGCAAGCAAGGCGCCAUCCCCGAGACGCCACAUCCACCCAGCGUAGAUGCGUUCUGGAACAAAGAUUUUGUUGACGACUGGAACGAGCAACACUCGCCACGAAAAGCACCGACUGUACGUCUGGCACCUAGCCCAGCUAAGGGGAAGGCUGGGAGAGCAGCAGAGAAAAGGGCAUUCGACGCGCGAAAGGCCGAAUUAGCCGAGGAGUUCUUUCGCGAGCUCAACGAGAAAAUCGCUGACGGAAAGAUCUCGGAGCUCGCAAAGGCAACAGGGGGUGUCAAGCUUGUUUGGACGAAAACUUUGAAUACCACGGCCGGGAGGGCGAACUGGAAGCGGGAGACGAUUCGUACGAAGAAGGCGGACGGCACCGUCGUGGCAGUCAGCCAUAAACACCACGCGUCCAUUGAGUUGGCCGAAAAGGUCAUUGAUGACGACAACAAGCUGCUGAACGUGUUGGCGCAUGAGUUCUGCCACCUGGCCAACUUCAUGAUAACGGGCAUCGCCAACAAUCCACAUGGCAAAGAGUUUAAGGCCUGGGCCGCGAAAUGUUCCCGGGCUUUUGGCGAGUCCCACGGGAUCCAGGUCACCACAAAGCACGCCUACGACAUCGACUUCAAAUACACGUGGCAGUGCUCGGCGUGCGGAUCCGAGUACAAGCGCCAUUCCAGGAGCAUUGACCCUCAGCGCCACAGAUGCGGAAGCUGCAAAGGCACACUGACCCAGACGAAGCCGUGCCCGAGGGGGACGAACGCAGGGGCCGGCAAAGUCGGGAAGCCCACCGAAUACCAGAUGUUUGUCAAGGAGCAGAUGAAGAUUGUGAGGGGCGAGAAUCCGAACAGUCCUCAGAAGGAAGUAAUGCGCAUUGUUGCGGACAAGUGGGCGAAGGCGAGGAAGAGAUCGAUGCCUGUCGACGACGCGGUCGAGCCGAGCGAGGUUGACAUCGUCGCGGCACGGAUGGUGGACCUCACGAUGGACAGCAAGGGAGAAGACGAAACCUGA